AUGGUGAUGAAGUUGGGAGCACAAAGUCCAGUGGUGAUUUUCAGUAGAAGCACUUGUUGCAUUUCUCAUAGCAUCGAAACCCUAAUUCGAAAUUUCGGAGCAAACCCUAUUGUUUAUGAGCUUGAUAGAGUUCAAAAUGGGAAGGAAUUGGAGAGGGCAUUGGUUGAAUUAGGGUGUCAACAAAUUGUGCCUGCUGUGUUCAUUGGAAAUGAGUUAGUUGGAGGUUCUAAUGAAAUUAUGAGUCUCAACAUUAGAGGCAAGCUCAAGCAAUUGCUCAUAAAGGCUAAUGCAAUUUGGGUAUAG